AUGGAAGCUUUGAAUUCUGUAAUAAACGCAUUGCUUUACAGUAUUCUCAUUGUAGCAGCCUUCUUGGGAAACUUCCUUGUGCUAUUGGUAGUAGUAAGGAAUCGGUUUAUGCACACCACUACAAAUUUUCUACUGGCUAACCUCGCCGUUGCUAGUCUGUGGACUGCAACAUGGAGCAUUCCUUUCGUUGUGGCUACUUUACUGCCCCAUCAUCUGGGAAAGGUAGCAGAUUUCAUGUGCAAAUUUAUCUCCAUGAACAACCUAAGCGGGGUAUCCAUUCUUGUUUCAGCGUCUACGAUGGCGAUUCUAGCUCUGGAAAGAUACUACGCUUUACUCAAACCAAUGGAUACACAGAUGAGAUUAACGAAAGGCGAUGUAAAAAGAGUUGUCGCUGGUUUGUGGUUGUUUCGUAUACUGUUAAAUACGCCGACGAUAAUUUACGCGGAAUAUGACGGACAACAGUGCGUAUACGUUUUGGAUAAAAAAGCAUAUGGUCUGCUUGUAAUUCUCUUCACUACGCUAGCUACUUGUAUUAUCACAUUCUGUUAUUUUAGAAUCAUCAAAGAGCUGUAUUUCAGUAAAACCGUUUGUAGAGAAGACGUAGAUCCGUUGAAUGACCUUAAAUCCAAACGCAGGAUUGUCAAACUUCUUCUAAUCCAAGUUACUGGUUUCUUUGUGUGUUACAUACCAUUUGUAAUCGUUGAAUUUGUCAUUCCUUGUAAAAUGCCCAAACUACUUUAUAUUUGUACUUAUUUGUUGUACUGCAGUGCAGCGGUCAAUCCGAUUAUCUAUGCAUUCCGAAGCUCCAAUUAUCGCAAAGCUUACAGGGAAAUUGUAUUGCACUUGAAGGAAUGGAUAUGUGUUUGUUGUUUUAAAAAGGAGGAACUUCCAGAUCAUCUAUCUUCAACUGAUAAAUGUAAAGUGGGACGUUUUGAAAUUACCUACUGCUAA